ACUGGAGGCGUGGUCGUCGCUGACAGCCAGGCUCUACCCGUGUGAGUCAGUCGUCCCGCAGCCGCCGCCCUGUCCGGAGAGAAGUAAGAGGGAUAAGAGCGGAUUCCCGGAACAGGAGAGCAGAUCCCCGGGGUGUAACGCAAUCAUGUUCCUGAUAAAUCGAUAUAUGGGCGGCGGUGGUGGAGGAGGAGGAUUUGGCGGCAGAGGUUUCGGUGGUGGUGGCGGCGGUGGUGGAAUGUUUGGAAGCAUUAUGAAUUCAAUCGGCGAGGCCGCUGCAAACUACCAACCAGAUCCUCCACCUCCCAGAACCCAUCCUUCAGUUACUCAGUCCAGUGAGAGCGAUGAAGAUCGUCAGUUCCGGAGAAUCUUCAAUCAGCUGGCCGGAGAAGACAUGGAAGUCAGCGCGACAGAGCUGAUGGGAAUCCUCAACAAAAUAAUUGCAAAACAUGCGGAUCUGAAGACAGACGGUUUUAGCAAUGACUCAUGUCGCAGCAUGGUGGCCGUAAUGGAUAGUGACAGCACUGGCAAACUUGGCUUCGAAGAGUUCAAAUACUUGUGGAAUAACAUCAAGAAGUGGCAGGCUGUAUAUAAGCGAUAUGAUGUUGAUCGCUCCGGAACAAUUGGCAGCACCGAACUACCCAAUUCUUUCCAAGCAGCUGGUUUCCAGUUAAAUGGUGAGCUCUAUCAGAUGAUCGUUCGACGUUAUUCUGAUGAGAAAGGAGAAAUGGACUUUGACAACUUCAUCUGCUGUCUUGUGCGACUAGACGCCAUGUUCCGCGCUUUUAAAGCUUUGGAUAAAGACGGAGAUGGCAAGAUUAAAGUGACCAUUCAAGAGUGGCUGCAGCUAACCAUGUACUCAUGAGAGGGAUCGGGAUCUGCCGUCUGGAGCUGUGAAGAAACCCCCUUUUCUCCCUUCUAUCCUUGCUGUAUACAGGCCUUGUUUUAUACACUGUACUGCGCGCGCAGUACAAACUCCCUUUUUGUAAACGUCAGUAUCAGAAAUUUUACACUUUAAUAUUACAUCACUGAAGCUGGGUUCACUAGGAUGGGUGGAUCCUGGAUGGCUGACACAAUUUUCUGUGUGAUGCUUUUGCUGUCUCGAAUAUAUGCGCUGGAAUGCAAAAAUAAUGGUAAUAAAACACAGAUUUAAAG